AUUUGAUUUUUUUUCCCUUCUUCCUGUUAUUUGGGCAAUAACGAAAGGUGGUCCAAAAUCGAAAGCUUUCAUAUCUUUAUCUUCUUAUCUCUGAGAAAGAAUAGAAUAACGUGAAACGACGGUGAAGAAAGAUGUCGUUCCAGAUAAUACUGGGUUCGGCUUCAAUGGCUCGGCGACGACUUCUUACUGAAAUGGGAUAUGAGUUUACUAUACUGACUGCAGACAUAGAUGAGAGGAGUAUAAGGAAAGAAACGCCAGAAGAAUUGGUAGUGGCUUUGGCUGAGGCAAAAGCAGAUGCCAUAAUAUCAAGACUCAAAAGUACAGGUCAAUUGGAAGAAGUUUCUCAGGAAAGACUCUUAAUUACUGCAGACACAGUGGUGGUAUCUUAUGGACAAAUUAGAGAAAAACCGUCCAGCAAGGAAGAAGCACGGAGCUUCAUCAAAGGCUAUUCUGGUAGUCAAGCAGCAGUUGUAGGAUCUGUUCUUGUAACCAACCUUAAAACUGGAAAAAGAAGAGGAGGAUGGGAGCGAGCAGAGGUUUAUUUCCAUGACAUACCAGAGGACAUUAUUGACAGCCUGGUUGAAGAGGCAGUCACACUCAAUGUUGCUGGGGGCUUGACACUGGAAAAUCCCCUGAUACUGCGUUUUGUAGAUGCAGUGGUUGGAACAAGUGAUGCAGUUAUGGGACUACCUAAAGCUCUUACAGAAAAGCUCAUUCACGAAGCACUCUAGUGUGGUUACAGGCGAUGUUAUUCGGUUGUAGUAGGGAAUGUUGUGAGAGGGGAAAUAACAACAAUGAGAAAGGGUGAGAUGAGGAUGGAGAGUAGUAGUUGUAAUGUUGGGAAUGAGACUAAUAAUAAGAAGGGAUUUUUUUGGAUGAGAGACCCAAAAACAGGAUAUUGGAUUCCAGAGAAUCAUAUUGGUGAAAUUGAUGUAGCUGACCUAAGAAACAACCUUCUUUCCAAGAAGAAUUAAUUGUCAUCAAACUUUACAAAUAUAUAUUUACUACCAUUUUUUUCCCAUUAGUAUUAGAUUAACUAUUAUUAUGGGCUGGCCAGGCCCAACUAGAAGUACCUUAAUAGUAAAUGUAUUAUGUAGUAUGAGCAUUCCUAUAUUUCGAAUGAGUAAUAUUCUAAAAAGUUAUUGCAUAUUAAACAUAUUAAGUGAUCCGAUAUUUAAUUUUACUAGUAGGGAUAUUUAUAAAUAAGAGGGUGUUUGGUGU